ACAGCAUACGUUUCAUAGUUAAAAUAUAAGUAAUUUAAGCAUAAAUUUAUGUGCACUAUCUUUGUUCCCCACAAAGUGCAUCUAUAAAGCCAUCUCUUUCAACGAUGAAAGCAAUAUCUAACCUUCAUCGUCACCAGCUGUGCGAACGAAUGACAAUGUCCGGCUGAUAUUCAUUCAAAGUAAUCACAAAUCAUCAAUCAAUCAGUCGUCAAAAUGGCGUUGAUCACGCCGUUUGUGUCGGUUGCGAUAUCAAUAUUGUACACACCGUUCCUCCUUCUCAUAUUGUGCGUUAUAUUCCUGGCCUCCAUCGGCAAAUCUCUUGGUGUGCGAAAGCUAUAUGUGAACAUACUUCUAAAGCUGUUCGAGUAUGGCCGCCAACACAUCGAAGUCGCCAAAAAGAUCCAGAGAAGCGACAGCUCCGACGAGGAGGAAGAGCCCCCAGUGCCGAACGACAAGCCACCGUCAGCCCUCAUCAAAGAAAAUGGCAUUAACGGUACAAAGAUGACAGUGAUCGAAAGGGAUGAGAUACUGGGACCCUCACCGGAGCUGAACUACAAGAGGAGCUCGAGCCAGGAGCGAGUCCAGAACGGGCACAAACCUGAGCAGGGGAAGGGGGAGAACAACCUGGACUUCCACCUGUCGCACUGCCUGGACCUGGUGAAGGCGGGCAUGGAGGCCAUCAUCGAGGACCAGGUCACGUCCGUGUUCGAGGCCGAGGAGCUCAGGAGUUGGAACCUGCUCACCAGAACGAAUAGACAAUACGAAUUUCUGACAUGGCGCCUGACGAUAAUCUGGGUGAUGGGUUUCGUCGUCAGAUACAUGUUCCUUCUGCCGCUCAGGAUAUUGGUCUUCGUCUUCGGGGUUUUGACGAUGAUCGUUACUACAUUCGUUGUGAGCUUCCUGCCCGAGGGCCCGCUGCGGAGGCUGCUCGGUCGUCUGUCGUACAAGAUAUCGAUCAGAGUAAUCACUCGUGGCCUCUCUUCCGUUAUCUACUUACACGACACACAACACAUGCCGCGCUCGAACGGCUUCUGUGUUGCCAACCACACCAGUCCGAUCGAUGUUGCGGUGCUCAGCGUUAACACGUGUUUCUCUUUGAUUGGCCAGAGGCACGGGGGCUUCCUGGGGCUGCUGCAGCGGGCGCUGGCGCGCGCCUCGCCGCACAUCUGGUUCGAGAGGUCCGAGGUCAAGGACAGGCACGCCGUCGCCAGGAGGUUGAAGGAGCACAUAUCGGUGCCGGACAACCCGCCGAUCCUGAUCUUCCCCGAGGGCACCUGCAUCAACAACACAUCCGUGAUGCAGUUCAAGAAGGGAAGCUUCGAAGUCGGCGGCAUCAUAUACCCAGUCGCUAUUAAAUACGACCCGCGUUUUGGCGACGCGUUCUGGAACAGCUCCCGGUACGGCAUGCUGCACUACUUGCUGAACAUGAUGACGUCGUGGGCCAUCGUGUGCCACGUGUGGUACUUGCCCGCCAUGCAGCGGCGGCCGGACGAGUCCGCGGUGGACUUCGCGAACAGGGUGAAGGCGGCCAUCGCCACGCGGGGCGGCCUCGUCGAUCUCAUGUGGGACGGUCAGUUGAAGCGCAUGAAAGCGAAGAAGGAAUGGCGCGAGCUGCAACAGGAGGAGUUCAGCAAACGGUUAAAAGGCGAAUAGUGUGUAGUGUAACGUGCGCGGGUAGUGAUGUGGCGGGCGGCCGCGCCGAACGCGAACGCCGAAUGCGAAGGCCGAAACGAGGCCGAAGGACUGUGCGGGCGGAUACUCAGUGAUAAGUUUUUUGGGGUUUAACCUCGAGUUUUGGAGGUUAAAAGGCCUCUUUGGCUGAUUGUUAUAUUCCUUGUCUAAAAAAAGGCGUAUUGUGUUAAUGAGGAAUGUGAUAACUUUUUGAUUCAAAAUGGCCUAUUUGACCUUAUAUUAUGGUUUAAAAAAGCCAUUUUGGUUAAUACUUUUGCUUUUAUUAUUGUUCAUUUAAACAUUUGUAACUGUUAUGUAAAGAAAUUUAUAUAAAGAGCUAAAUAUUAAUUAAAAUAUUGGAUGUGAAUAUGGCUCUCGAAAUCUCACCUAAAGAGGCCUUUUUAGCUCUGUUUAAAGUACCAAUAACUUGGCAGAAUAGGGUUCAGCGGAGAUAUUACGAAAAAUUCUAAUAUAAUCAAUAUCUACCCUGAUUUUUAGGAGUAUUCAUGUCAAAUAGUAUCCAAUAAUCAGUAUAACUAACUAAACGUUAAUUAAGAAUAAACAAUUCAAAUUAAAUCGUCAGCGUGUCAAAACUUUAUUCUGGGCCCUUAUUCUGUAUGAUAGUGUAAACGCGUAACGCGGCCGUGUCAUGUUAUCUUUGAGAAAUGUGCGUGGAAUGGUAUUCUGUAAGCCAAAUUUCUAUAGUCCUAAACAUGAUGCGUUGUGUUACGUGCUUGUUACACACUGUUAAAAUAACGUGCGGGAUAGAGAAUAAGGCCCCUGAUUGAAUCAUUUCUGCUAUAAAUCCGACGCAUCAAAACCUUUUAUAGAAAGCUAUUAAUCAAAAAUAAAUUCUAACGUUAUGCAUUUAGAAUUGCAAACCGUUCUGCCAACUUAUUAUUUAGUUAGGUCGCAGCGUGAUGGCUGAACACGGUCGGGUAGCGUGAAAAGUUAAAAGUGAUGACGCUUCAUAAUUAUUGGCUCAACACUGACUUGAAUAACAAUUUAAUAACGAAUUGUCAAUUUGGGAAACCUUUCCUUGCAUAAUGAUUCAAAGAACUUUCUAGACCAUUUCAAUGCUAAGGGAAGUCGAUAUAUUGCACUAUAAAAAACAUACAUUAUAUAAGUAGAAAUAUACCUUAUGUAGUGUUUACUAAGACAUAAAGUUCAUAAGUUCGAGUUGGUGCUGAGCUAUUGCGAGGCUUGUAAAUAUUUUAAUAGUUUAUAUUUUCUACUGAACAAUGCUUUUUUAUAUUGUUCUUGAGUUUUUGAGUUUUGUAUUAUUCGUAGUCACGUUUAAACUCAAAAUAAAGCAACGACGAAGAGUUAUGUAGAGUAUAGAAUGGUCAUUACAAUAUUUUAAUAUAAAUUAUUACAAAGAAACAGUAACAUAAACAUCACAUUAUGUAGAUAUUUAUUGCUACAAUUCGUGUCCUUAUUUUUUAUUUAAAUAAUUUUGACAAGUUUAUAGUUAUCAAAAUUUAUACUAUGCAUACACCAUUAGAUUUUAAUUAAAAAAAAAAACAACAAAAAUCGUAAUCUACUGCCAUCACUGAACACCUAUAUGCCAAAAAAAAUAUUUAAAAAAAAAAGGAGAAAUUUUUUGGUAAAAAGUUACAUUUAUUCAUAAUAAUUAUGGUUUCCCAGUGUCCAUUAGUCAAUUCAUACAACUUGAUAGUUUUUACUACGUCCUUAUUCAUCAAAUAAUUGUUUCUUACGGGCAUUUAGUACUUGUCGAAAUUCAAUCUAACUUGUGAUCUACAUGGUAUUUGUUACUAAUUGUGUACAUUUUAUACAGCAUAAUAAUUUUAACUCGGCAUAGCUUUGUCGUCUACAUAAAAGAAUUCUGACUGCACAUGUAUCUUGCCUCCUACACACUCCAUUUUUGAUAAUUAAAAUCUAUUGGUGUAUAAAAAAAAUGUUUAAACUAUUUUAAAUAUUAUCUAUGUCUAUUAUACUCUAUGUAAGUAUCUAUUUUAAAUAAUAUCUAUAUCGAUUAUACUUUACGUAAGAAACUUUUUUGCUUUAUUUUGAUAUUUAUAACUGCCAAGCCUCUCCCACCGUGUUCCCUAACGUUUGCUAUAUUAGUCAAACCAGUCACUAUUUAUUUAUAUAAUCGAAUUAUAAACGAAAACGAAUUGAACGCGAAACGUAAUUCGUGCACUCGCCACAUCACUACGGGUCAACGACGCGAGUGAGAUUGACAAACGGACAGACUGUAUUUUAUAUAUAUAUUCACCUGGCAAAUGACGAGGUACGACGGCGUGGCGAUUGCGACUGGCGACGGUUGUGAGUUGUUGACAUGAUUUUUAUAACAAUUACACAAAAUUUCGUUAAUUAUUAUUUUGGACUUUUAAAUUAAUAAUAUCAUUAUUUAUUGAACAGCGAAGCUGUAUGCUAGUAUCCAUAAAAUCAACGAACAAUUAGAAACCGUUGUUAGUUGUAAUCGCUAUGCUCUAGGAUCACUAUUUACUGUGUAGAUUUUGCUGUGUGUGGUCUAAGCUUGUUAGGACUUCUAUCCCCUCUGCAAACUGAGGGGAAUUUUAGUCAUCUUCGUCUCGCUCAGUACCUUGUGUCAAGGUUUGAUAUCUAUUUCAACAUAUCCCUGUCUUUAGGGAGGCUUAAUAGAUAACAUACGUUUUAAAUAUGUCAGAAGGAAAAGGUAUUUUUUUUUUUAUAAAAAAAAAGUACCGGAAAAGUAGGUCGGACAAUUCAUAUUAAGAUUUCCAAAAAUGAUCUAGCCAGUGGUGUAACAAUACGAAUACACAAUGCUACGGGUAUCAGGGCAUCGCGAAAUUUUGCAAUAUUUUCUAAAUCCUUUGCGUAUUGUGAGUAGCAAUAGUUGGGUUGGGUGGAACGGACUGUCGAAACUAAUGUCUGGUUCAAAGCCCAAUGGCACGUACCUCUGACUUUUCUAAAGUUAUGUGUGUAUUGUGAAAUCUUGCUUGCUUUAACGAUACAACAAAAUAUCGUGAUGAAACCUGCAUACCUGAGAAGUUCUCCAUAAGGAUUUUGAAGGUAUGUGAAGUCUGCCAACUCGCACUAGGUCAGCAUGAACGACUAAGGCUUAAACUCCCCAGUAAAGGAACAAUAUAUCAAGGGCUGAUAGAAUUUUGUAUAUUGAAACUUGUAAGAAACAAAAGGUCCGCGGAAAAAAAUAUAAAGGUACAGAUUUUUCACACUAGGAGACGCCUGUUCGAUUUAUUAGCCUCGAACCUUCAGUGAAGUUACACUACUGGACGUCACUUGCUAUCUUUGGAGCGAUUCCGAAGACAAACCGAUGAGUCUGUCAGCAUGUUAGUAAACUUUAGUCUUAUUGGUCGAACCGAACAAAAUUUUGGAUCUUUUAUUCUAUUAUUGUAUUUAUUUUUAUUAUAUUAUUGAAAUCGGCCUCAAGACAGUAAAUAAAACUUACCAUUUGGCCAUCUUAUUGAUUAGCUUGUAAAUCAAGUCGUUUUUUUAUUUGGCGCCAAAAAUCAAUAUGGCGGAGGUGUAUAUUUUUUAUUUGGCGCCAAAAGACAAUAUGGCAGGAGUAUAUGGCGGAUUGGUUGUCUGCCCAAGCCCCUUUAGAAGGGGAGAGAGCCUAAUAUUUUUCUAAUCUUGUUAUUUGUCGGGUGAAAUGAUGCAUGUAUUUUGUACGAAGCGCGGUUGGGACAUGAGUCUCUGUUGAUUUGUUAUGUUAAUAAAAAAAACAUAAGAACAAGCUGGUUUUUUUUGUAUACAAAAAAGUUAAGGAAUUCGGAUAUUUCUUUGGUAUAGUGUCGACUAAAAAUAAAUUAUAAAUCUGAUUUUUAAUAUUGCAACAUAGUAAAUUCAAUAUUUAAAAAAAUCAAAUAAUGGCUCUCUGUCCAUAAUAAACUAAACGAACACAAAUAAAAGACAUACAAUGGUUUAUAAAAAUAUAUUUCUAGUAGUCUAUCUCUAUUAUUAAAUAAAAUAACAAUAGAUAAGUAAUAAAAAAAUAUUUGCAGGAAGUUUUACAUUCUGAAACUAGGCUGGUUGAUGAAUUCAUCCGGGCAAACUCAAGGUUUACCUUUUAGUUCUUAACGAAAAACCAAACAAAAGGUCAGUUUUCGGACAAUUGCGGACUUCUAGUCCAACUUUACUGAGUUAGCAGACUGUCAAGAUCGAAAAAGUAAACAAGCAAUAUUUAUGACUCGCGAGUCAUUAUCAACUAUUAUUGAAAGUAGUUAACUGCUAUUUAAAUUAUCAUUCUGCUUUUCGUAUUUUAGUUUAUUAAUUUAAAAUUUUAAUAAUGUAAGAUAUUUCAAUAUCCGCAUUCCUUAACAAUACUGUGUACAGCUGAUAGAAGUAGCCGGGUAACCAGAAAAUCAAAAUGAACAAUGUAGAGAUAUUACUAGCACGAGAAUAUAGAUAAAUGACUCGGAUAUUGACUUAAAACCUGCGAGGCGACCAUGCAAAAUGGUCAUAGUAUAUUUUAGAUAGGUAAUUUAUUUAUUUUGUUUUUAGUAAAAAAAACUCAGAAAAAAACAUCACAUUUUAUCAUAAUUACAAUUUAGUCGUGAUUAUUUCGAUAAAUAUAGCAAAAUAUAAUUACAAAGUAACUGUGGUUUAUUUAUAUAACCUACAGAUAUAUUUCCAAAUCUAUUAUUUAGAGGAAGACAUUAUUGUCAUAAAGUAUUAAUAGGAUGUGUCACUCCAUUCCUACCUUCAUUUGUACUCAAAAUCGAUGGCUCCUAAGUAAACUAUCAUAUCUGAAAAAAAAAUAUUUUUUGCGUUUCGUCAUCUAGGUACUGUUUAUUACCAAAUUCAUAAAAAGGGUCAUAAAAAAAGAUUUUUAUUUAGGAUUCAUCGACAUAUCUGAUUUUGAUAUUAGACUGUGCAAUUAAGCAUUUAAUACAUUGCUCAAAACAACUUGUACGCUCUAUACUUGCUAUCGCCUAACCGCCGUUUUCAAAAAAUGUUCCAACCGCUUUUUCAAUCCGUCGCCAAAAUGGCCAAUCAGGACAAAGAUUUUUUGACAUAUACAAAAUUAAUUGGUUACUUUGGGAUAGGAUCUAAGAUUAAGAUUGAGAUCGUUUAUUGAAAACGGCCGUAAUUGUUUUGACUUCUAAAGUCGCUUUUUGUACUUUACGUUUAUCAAUUUGUAAGUAACUAGUUGGAACUGAACGAAUUAUGGGAUUCAAGCGAAAUUGAAUCGUAAAGGCAUGUUUGUAUGGAUGUAUUUAACGUUUAUAUAUUUGUAUUUCAAAUCUUGAUAAUUGACGGAACGCGCCCAAUUUCUGGACUGUUAGUGCUAUAUGUACUAGUUAUAUAUAAUUUAUAUCAAAUGUAAUAUAGUGAUAUGGUUAUAAAAUAAAGGCCUAUUGUGGUUA